AUGGUCAAGGACGGGUCCGUGAGGGGCCCCGAGUUGAUCGAGAUCUGCCGAAAGAAUGAUCUGGAAGAGCUGCACAACUGGCUCGUCAGGAAGAAGUACAAAAAGCACCGAACCCCGCUGAAUUUUCUAUUUAAUUCGAAUGGAGGGGAAAGUGGGCUGCUAACGAUCAGGGACCAGAAUAACGACUUGACGGCCUUGCAUACUGCAGCGAAGUUUGGAUACGAGGCAAUAUGCCGAACCCUAAUCGAACAUGAAGCCAAGCUUUGCACCUCCAAGGAUAAGCAGGGCUGCCUUCCGCUUCAUCUGGCAGUUUGGUAUGGUCAUGAAGCUGUAGUAAAUCUUCUCUGCGAAGCCAAUCGAAGUACUGUGGACUGCCGAAAUAAUGCCCAAGAAACCUCACUCCACCUAGCUGCCAAGCAAGGACAUCACAAUAUCGUCCAAGCGCUUAUUAAUAAUGGCGCCGAUCCAAAAGCCCAAAACGCCCGCUGCGAGACCCCGCUCGACAUGGCAGCCCGGAAUGGGCAUGGCUACGUCUGCAAAAUGCUGGUCGCCUUCUGCCCGGAUUUGGCUUUUCAGUCAGCCGUCGAAUGUUCAUCUACUGCUGAGAAUAGCCUAGCCGAGCCGAGGGUCGUGUACCCGAUUCAUAUGGCAGCCAUGCACUCGCAUGUGGACUGUAUUCGGAUGUUGAUUCUCGCCGGCUUCCAACUUGACUAUGUCACAAAAGAAGGAAGCGCGCUACACGUCGCAGCGAGAUAUGGUCAGAUUGCAGCAGUGGAAUACUUGAUUUCGGAAGGUAUCGAUCCCUUAAUAAAGGAUUCUUCUGGAAGGACGGUACUUGAAGCCCUUGAGCAUCUACAGGAAGAGCCAGUAGAACUGACACAGUUGAUACAAAGUCGAGAGCGGAUGGAGGAGUGCAAGAAGUUGAUCAAAACCUAUCUCCGCAGCCUUGGCGAACUGAAUACCUCUGAUGAUUCCGGGGUGGAUGGCUCGCCAAAGGAGAUCGUUUGGAGGAGACUGCCGAGCACUAGCCGAGCUUCCGAGGUGAAGCGCAAUGGCUAUAAGAUGCCCUCCCCCAGCCCACCUUACCGGUUUCCGGACCGACCGGAUCGGCCGGAUGACCUGGACCCAGGAGCCGACCCCAAAAUCGACGCAAAUCAGCUUCACGCUGGAGCGGCCGAGGGAGGGCUCAAUCCACUCGACUGGGAGUAUAGAACGGAAAAUUGGCCCUACGUCAAAGCCCCCAGCUGUGCCGAAAAUUGUGGCAAGAUGGCCGAGGCCUGCAGAUCGAGAUCGGGAGCG